AUGCUUCCGGCGCUGUCGACGACUUCCGCCAACGUCUACCCGAGGCACUCCGACCACCGCAGGCAAAGGUUUCUUCUUGACGUCGCUCUUAUACCCACCUUCGAGCUACCUAUAUAUCACUUGGUACAGAAGUAUAUGGACUAAUAACAUUUCUUAGUCUUCAGAGGUUUUAAACGUCUACAGGCCUUUUUAUUCGAGAAGCUAGCGGUGACUGAAAAAUAUAAAAUAUUUUUUCAUAAAAAGUUUUAUACAACGUUUAUUAAAUUCAUAUUCACACUUUAUUAAUAGAUCUACCUGAUUUAAAACACAGUUCACUAUACAUAGGUGUGAUUUUGCACAAGAAUGCAAGUUUUGAAUCUCUCUUCCUCAUUUUCUCUUCCUCUUGUCGAGGAUGCAUUUUUUCGUGCAUUUUCUGAAAAAAAAAACAGCAUUCUCUAUUCAUUCAAAUGGACUGUUGCGCUCUUUUUCGGGCUUCUGUUGUAGCCUGCCGGGAAUGUCUUUUCAAUUUUUGUCUCAGAAUUCCAUUUGUUUGAUUGAGGACUGAGAUUUAAGGGCCAGAAAACCUUAACGGAGUUCUCCUUUCAACUUUGAAGACCAAUUCCUUUUCAACAACUAACUUUUUUUUUUCGAAAACGUAAAACUUUGUAGUGGUUCUUAUGUAGUAGAGAAAGAUUUGAUAUCGCCGAGGGAAGUGUCCCUUUUCCAGUGGCCUUCUGCUUGUCCCCUGAGGCAAUGCUUUCCUAAUUUUUCCAUGUCGUUCCCCUAUUGUUGAAGUCAUUUUUUAUUUUUCAAUGAAUCUCCCUGAAACUCAUCCAUCUCAAGUUUUUUGAUUGUAUCUACGCGUGUAAAAAAAUGGGAAAUUUUUGAGUUUUUUUCAUCAGAAACACGAUUGACCUGCUCUCUUAUUGCUGGAGAACAAUCUUACCAAAUAGGCCUUUUUUAAGUUUACCGAAGUCUGUUAGGGAUUUUAUAAAAAAAAACUAAUUUCUACCCUUUUUAAUUGCUGCAAUAUUGAAAUAAUGGAAAGAAUUACGAUGCGAUUUGUUUCUUUGUUCCUGUUUUUCUACCUACCCAUUUGCAAAAGCCGUGACGAACAAUUCUUGGCUCCAGUCAAUUUGUAAAUCGAGUCGACGCGCGUUGCAAAUUGAGAAGACUAAGAGAAGGCGAAACGAAAAAUUGAGACUUCCCACUCGAAUUCAAUCUUUUCAAAGCGUUGCCAAAAGCCACGAGUAAAAUGAAAAAGCUGUCCAAAUUCGAUCUGACCUCGUGCGUCUCAGAAAUUGUCAAAGACGGAACAGGACGGCCAUUGUUGCAAAGAAAAUCUUUUUAUCCUUAUAAUCUGUCAAUACUUCUUAUAUUUCUGCUUCAGAGGGGGUUUCUAUAAACCUUUUCCUUCAUAUUAGGCUUUUAUGUUUUUCUUGAAGGCAUUACUUCAACAAAUAUGAAUAGAACAGUUAAUGUGGAAACUGAAGUUAUUCAUGCGUAUCUCAGUGUAAAAUUCAAAAAUAUUAAAUAAAAAGUUCAAGUCAUCACAUUCUUCUUUCAUAACAAAAGGUGCUCAAAAGUUAACAAAGUCAAGCAAAGAGAUGUUUCACAGAUAUUAAAUAUUAUCACUCAUUUUUCUAUGACGUUUAGAGAAGUGAUACUAGUAAACGCGAAAACGGAUUCAAAUUCAAAAAAUGCGACUGUCGCGACAAAAGUCUCGUCGUGACUUCGCGUCGCAGGAGUUGAAUGAAGAGCGUUCAAUCGCCGUAAUCAGAUUUCGUCGCUCUGCGGCACGUCGAAAUGUGAAAAGAGUGCGCGUCCAAGUUCGCAUUCCGCGAGGCUUUCGCCGCUCGUUUUGUUUCUGUUUGGGCCAUCAAUAUCAAGUCCCGAGUUUCCAGAGCUGAGAGUCCUCGGCGUGUCCGAGGCGAUUCUAAUCCGCUCUCCAGAUGCGAAGAUGGGUAAGUCGGGCGUCUUUCCAUAUCGCGUGUUUUUUUUUUGAGUCACAAAAUCGGCAUGAUUUGCAACUCCCUCCAUUCACAUAUAUUAUUUUGUAUCUUCAGUGGUAUUUACAAGGAAUAGGAGAUUUCUAAUUCUGAGCCUAUCGUUUAUUAUUAUGUUUUAUAUAUUCUUUCAAAUUUGGAUAGGAAUUCUCUUUUUUUCGAAAUUUGUCUCAAACGAGCUCAAAUUAUUGUUUUAUUCAUGUAACUUAUCUCAAUUUUGAAGAUUUUAUUCUGAAAAGGAUUAAAAAUAUUAGCGCUAAAUAAAUGAAGAUUUAGGUCUGCCAAAUUGUUCUGUUAUUUUUGUGGAAAUCGUUUGACUGAUUUUUUUCUCCACACUUACCGAUUUCCAUAUAUUUUCAUCAAGUUUGCUGUUGAACACGGUCUGGCAAUUUGACGGGGAAAUGGGUCUGCCUGUUUGAUUUGCAGUGAGAAUGAUUGCACUCAAGUCUCGACUGCUGGAAAAUGAGCCGCGGCUUUUCAGAUGAGUCACCCUGGCUGGGUGAUGGUGUCGUUCUUGACGGAGCUGCUCUCGACUUCCUCCCGAGGCGUCGUCCAGUCGGCCGAAUCCUGCGCCAACGACACCGAGAUCAUCAACGCCCUUCUCAAGGACUCUUACAACAAGGUUUCUUCCAUCAAAAAAUCAUAACCAAAUUGUGGUGAGUAAGAGUUAUUUUUAAAUUUCGCAGAAAUUACUUUGAACUCGGCAUUACAACUGAAUCGGUUAGAAAUUUGUUCCUUUGUUUUUUACUGUAAUUUUUUAGAGACUCUCAUUUGAGGCAAAACCUCCGUUACUUAUCGAAUAAAACACUCUACAUCUCUGGCCAUAUUGGCAUGACCUUCAGACAUCUUUAAUCCUACUGUAUGCGUCGUCAUACCGGAAAUUGAACCUAAUAUGAAGCCUGCAGAUAAUUUGAGUGAAAAAAAAGAAACUGUGAUUUGCUCUAGACUAGAAAUGAAAGAAAAUAAAUCACUUUGCUCGGGUAAUAAUCGGUUUGGAUAAUAAGUUCCAUAGGAAUUGAAGGAUUUAUUCAAUAUAAUUCAAUUUUUAGCGAAUCAAACCUCCCUAUGAAAAUUUUUAAUAUUUCUCACUUUCUCUUUUUUUUUCUUGAUCGCUUCAUGAAUUUUGAGUAUUGAUCUAUCCCUAUUCUUUAUUUUGGAAAGGUAUGAUCCAAAAAACGCCGAAUCGAAUUUAAUUCAUUAGAAAAUGGAAGUAAGAGUUGCUAUGAAAUUUGUCACAUGUAUCGGAAACCGGCAAUUUGAACACGACUUUCAGCACUACAUACCCGCACAUCCCAUGAGGGUGAGAGUAGAUAUGUGGGUGCAGGAAGUGACGUCGGUCUCUGAGCUCACGCAGGACUUCGAAGUCGGUUAGUGUCACAACAAGACUUGCUCCGCUCAAUUCCAAUGUAUGAUCAUGUUUCGAGUCGUUCCGUAGGACUUUAAAAAAAUUUCAUAUCAAAUCGCCUUCAGGGCCUUUUUUUAAUUUCUCAUCACAGUGAAGUCUUCAUAUUAUAGGCAUAGUUUGCAUAAAACAUGAAUUUGAUUUAGAAAAUAUUUGAAUUGAACUUCAAAGGGGUAUAUUCGAAUAAAUAAACAAAUUUUUUUGAGUAAAAUUAUUGCAAAAACUUAAUUUUUGGUUUUUCAAGUAUUGCGAAAAAGGACUCUCAGACUUGCCUUGCAAAAAUAGUUCAGGAUUUUAUUCAAAUAUACAACCUUCUUUGAAAAUUGAUUGAGCUGAACUUAUUAACCGUUUAAAUUUGUCUAAUGUAUUUUUCUUCCGUUCUAGAUCUAAGCCUGUCAUUAAUUAUUAUUCUCAACCGUAUAUUCAUUUUUAUUCACGCUCACGAAUUUACGAAUUCGCUCCAGUUUCCUUAGUUUUUUUUUUCAAAAUCCUGAAAACUUUCUCAAGGCUCGAAGCCCUUUUUGUGCUCUCAGCCUCACUAUUUUAUGUUUUUUUAUGAUUGGAAGAAAUGAGAAAAAGAGAGCGCAGACAUGUCAGACUUUUUUCGCGAGGAAUACAUUAUAACUUCAAAAAUGAAUAGGCUAAAAAACUUUAAUUUCAAUACUAAAAGCAAGUUCUUCAAACGGUUUGUCGCACGAUGACAUUUUUCAAGACAUGCCAAGCACUUUUUUAAUGUAUUUUAGGAAUUAUUUUUUCCUUUCAGACUUGUACAUCAACGAGUUCUGGGAAGAUCCAGCUUUAGUUUUCGAGGACAUGAAUCCGUGCAAACGGAACAUUUCCUUCGACGAUAAAGUUCUCCAGAGGCUUUGGAUUCCCAAUACCUGCUUCAUCAACUCCAAAAAUGCGGCCAUCCACGAGUCUCCAUUUCGGUACGAUCCUCUGAGCUAUCACUCUUCUACCCUCUGACCUCAGCAACGUUUUUCUGAUGGUUUUCGCGAACGGAACUCUGUGGACGAACUACAGAAUGAAGUUGACCGGUCCUUGUGACAUGAAUCUCAAGCGCUUUCCGUUCGACAAACAGCGUUGCUAUCUAACCUUUGAAUCGUGAGUUUCUGCUCGUUUUGGUUAUCGAUUCUCGGUGGAUUCAGGUUCAAUUACAACACAGGCGAGGUCAGAAUGAAGUGGAAUCAACCUUAUCCGGUGAUUCUCAUGAAAAAGAUCCAGUUGCCCGACUUUGAGUUGGUCAAUUUGACGGCCGACGCCGUCGAACAGGUUGCAUAGUUGAACUUUUGUCAUUUUUACUAAUUAUUUGUGUGCAGAUAAUUCACUUACUGACAAAAUUAGAUAGUGUAAAUGUUAUAAUUACUCAAAAACAAGUAAUCAACUUAAAAUAUAGGGAUUAGCACCGUCUAUUCAGACCUUUCCACAGAUCAGCUCUUAGAUUUUAUCGUUUUUUUUUUCGAUGUUUUAUGUUUAUCGUGAAGAUUUAGCGGACGAAUAAACACUUGAAAUUGAAAAUCACAAGAAAAUCACCGAAUUUUCGAAAUUGUUGCCAAUUUUCACGAAAUUCUGAAAUUAGGGAAAGACUACGUCCUUUCGAAAGCUUUUUAGAGAACAAUCUGAGUUUUUGGAUUCAGAUGUAUCCAGCGGGUUGGUGGGACGAACUCACCGUUUCUUUUGUCUUUAAACGACGCUACGGGUGGUACAUUCUUCAGGGGUCAGUUUUCCACCCCCAUCAAUCAAUCAAAUCGUUUAUUUUGUUGUUUUAUUCAGAUAUAAUCCUCACGUUAAACAUUUUAUUCAAUUCGGGUUUAAACCAACAUUUCGAGGAUGAGCUUCUUGAUUCAAAAACUUUUUGAACGUUCAAAAAAUAAUGUUCACAAUAAGAAGCCACGCCGCAGAUCUGUCUGUGAGCGAAAUAAACAUUCAUUCAUUCAAUUUCGGGAAUCAUAGUAAACACUUUAGUUUAUUUCUGAACGCAGAAUUCUCUACACAGAGUUUCAAUACUUAUUUUCGAGUUGAAAAAGUAUUUUCAGAUAUAUUCCAACGAUGGUUACCAUUGUUAUUUCGUGGAUUUCUUUCUAUUUGGGACCAAGGUGGUUUUAUAGACGAAUUAUCAAUGUUUCCCUUCUCUUAGGGCGAUUCCUGCUCGCACGAUGUUAGGAGUCAAUUCUCUCCUCGCGAUGACGUUUCAGUUCGGCAAUAUAAUCAGGUUGGUUUUCCUGAAGUCCGGUUUAAUUCUAACUGUUUAGAAAUCUUCCUCGAGUUUCAUACGUGAAAGCGAUAGAUGUUUGGAUGCUUAGGUCUGUAGAAAAAUAGACUCAUAUGAAGAGAUUUUUAGUGGGAUGCUCUUCAUUUUCUUGUCCCUCUUGGAGUUGGCCGUUGUGGGAUUCAUGUCGAGGAACGACGGGUUGCCGCCGAAAGUCAAGAAAAGACGACAAAAAACAGACGAAGAGGAGGAGUUUUCUUGGAAGUCCAUGCAGACGAGUCCCCACCUCGAGCUGCGGCAGGUUUGUCUUUACAAUCAAAUUUUUUGCGAUGACAUCCAUUUUUUUCAGUUUUGGGUCGACAAACGGGUCAACUCCUUACGAAACAGUACAGAGGUGAGAUAGAGUAUUGAAGUAAUGAGAGCAAGAUUUCUUUGAAGGUGUUAGAGAAAGAAUCGCUGCCGACGCCCCUAGAGAUGAGCGAGCCGUAUCCGACGCUUCCAAAGCGGAUUCCUCGUCGGACCAUGUUCGCAGGGGUUCGAAAACGUCUUAAAGACCUCUCCGAAAUACGUCCUGAGACCGUCGACUUUUACAGGUCCGUCAUUUUGAACAAGAUAGACAAAACUUAAUUAUUUUUUCACUAAACCCCUUGUGUUCUCUUCUUUUUUUUUAAAUAAGAAACCCAUUGCUGUUUGUCAAACUUUUUUUCUCAAGGAAGUCUGAAAAAAAACCGGCACCAUCUUACACUAUAAAACAAAGCGUCUAGUUGAAAAGUUAGCUUAACAUUCAAAUUUUCCCUAUCCACUAAGAAUAACUGACGAGAUAAAUGCGAGCUCGGUGGCGGUACAUUGACUAACUCGCAAAAAUGUCGCUUUUUUCUAUUCGCGAUAUCGCAUUUCUCUCGGCGCGACCUCGCAUUUUUCUCGGCGCCAUCUCGCAUUUAUCUUGCAUUUCGGAAAUUUUCAAAUUGCGAGAGAAAUGCGAGCUCGCGCCUAGAAAAAUGCGAGCUCGCGCCCAAACAAAUGCGAAACCGGCGCGAGAAAAAAUGCGAGAUGUUUGCGAGCUCGUCAAUGUACCGCCAGUGUCUCGCGUUUAUCUCGGCAGUUAUUCUUAGUGUCAGUUCUAUUUUCCUUGUCGAUCUUUGUCGUUUUUUUAAUAUUAUUCUGCCUACUUAUGGUUUUCAUACUAGCAAAGCAAAUAGGAACAUUUUUCAAACUUUUUUGCUUUCUAAAAAUUUUAAUCGAGCAAGGAAUUAUCCGAGAAUGUAAAAUUUAUAAAUUAACGCACUGCCAUUUUAGGUUGGCUUAGAAAGCGACCAAUCUUCAUAAUUUUUCUCUCGCAAUUCGAGAAGUAUUUCAAAAUAAAAGACCUUGGCGCGAUGAUUUGAGCUCAGAAGAUGAUGUGAAAAAUAGUGAAACAGAAUAAUAAAAAAACGAAAAAAUUAUAUGAAUACGAGAAGGAAAGGGAAUACUGAUCAAUAGAGGAGAUGGGAUAGAAAGGAUAAGGCCAAACCUGUGGUGGGAGGUAGAGCAAAAAAUAACAAGUUUAAUGAAUUUAAUUUAAAUUUUCUCACUUAUAUCCUAUUUUUCAGUUAAGUCUGCUAUUUCAUUCAGCUUCACUCAGUUUCAAUUAUUUCAUUUUUAAGAGACUUUUUUGAUUCCUUUCGGUUUUGCUUUUCAAUGUCUGAGAGAGCACUCAAUUCGACAUAAAAUUCUAUUCGAUAAUUUUUGAGAAAUCCGUCCCAAGAAAAUCUUUUAACAACAUUCGCUAUCAAAGUAGUCUUCAAGAGACGGAUUUUCAUCUUUUUUGUUCCAUUAUUUGAAAAAAUCUUCCUUUCUUUAAAAUAUUUUUGUUUUGAAAUAUAUACCAAGUGCUUCUAUUAGUGAUUUUCUUUCCACAAACCUCCAACUGAACUGAAAAAAAAAUGACUUGCACUUUUUAUUCAGAAAAAAAAAAUUGCAGCGCGAUCUUCUUCCCGACGACGUAUAUGAUGUUCAACAUUUCGUACUGGGGCUACUACCUUUCCAGUCUUUCCGAAAUGAUCGAGGACCAUCCGGCUCACGUCGAGCCGCCCGUCGACGCCUGA